UCAAUAUUUCCUCUGUAAGGAAAUCUUUAUUAAGAAAUUUUAAAAAGUGAAAAACACCCCAUAAGGCCAUAAGAGAAAGAAAUAGUGGGUUUCAUCUCAUCUCUUUCUCUUUCUCUCAAACGGGCUUGUGUUUUGUUGAAUGAUCAACUCAAGAAGGUCAAAUUAAAGAUCGAAUCUCAGAGGAUCGUGGUUUGUAGUUGCAGGGGUUAAAAGAAUGGGUUCUGAAGAAAGUGAAAGGAAUUUGGUUGUUACUCAAAUUAGUGUUGGUGGGUUUGAUUUUUCUACAACUGCAAUGGCCCUCCUAGAGUACUUUGAAAAUAAUGUGGGGGUUGUUUGGAGAUGUAGAUUAAAGACCUCUUCAACACCUAACGAGGCAUAUCCAAUUCCAGAUUCUGAAAUUGACACUGAAAAAAGUAAAAGACUAAAUUCAUAUGAGAACUUGAUACCUCAUGCGUUUGUGCAUUUUGCAAUCCCUGAUUCGGCACAAUCAGCCGCCGAUGCUUCAGGGCGUUCAGAGCUUAUACUGGAUAAAAAUCCUUUAAGAGUCAGAUUAGGGGCUGGAAAUCCACAUCGCAUGAAUCAGAUGAGAAGAAACAAGGCGCCCUUCAAGUUACCAGAUGUCCGUAUUGAGAUUGGGAGCCGGGUUAGCAAAGAUGAGUUUUUUGUUGCCUGGAGAGGCCCUCCUACUGGUGCAGAUUUUCUUGUGGACCCCUUUGAUGGAACUUGCAAGUUUCUUCUUACGAGGGAUACUGCUUUUUCUUUCCUGGGUUUUCGAAACCAUUCUGUAAUAAAGUGUAACUAUAAGGUCGAAUUCUUGGUUAGAGACAUUCGAUGGAUAAAGAAUUAUAAAGAUACAACACACUUAAUUGUAUUGCUGCAUUUGGAGUCCUCUCCGAAGUUGUACUAUAGAACCGCAGAUGAUGAUAUUAAAGAAUCAGUUCCAUUUGAUAUUUUGGACGAUGAUGAUCCUUGGAUUCGGACCACAGAUUUUACUGCAUGUGGUGCCAUCGGGCGGUGUAGUGAAUAUCGAAUACUGAUCCAACCACGCUACGGAAUGAAGCUGAGGAAAACUAUGCAAUACCUGAAAGAGCAAAGGGUUUCUAUCGAAGAUUUGCAGACACGACUUACUGUCCAAGAUGAACCUGAUUUUGGGAUGCGCUUGCAUGAUCCAUUAUAUUGUAUACAUUUUAAGGAAGGUAUUAACUUUAAAAUCUUGUUCCUAGUGAAUGCUUUACUGCAUAAAGGCAUAUUCAAUCUGCACACAUUGUCGGACCAGUUCUUUAAUUUACUGAAAUCCCAAAAGGAGGAAGUAAAUAUAGCCGCGCUGAAACAUAUAUGUUCUGCCAAGCGUCCUGAUUUUAAUGCAUGUAAAAGAUUGAAAAAUGAUCAGGAUAGGUUGCUGAAAAAUCCUAAGCUUCUAAGAACCAGAGAGUUGGAUGAUAUUGUUGAAGUUAGAAGGUUAAUCAUCACCCCAACAAGAGCUUACUGUCUUCCACCAGAAGUUGAACUUUCAAAUAGGGUUCUUAGACACUAUAAAUUGCUUGCUGAUCGAUUUUUACGGGUUACCUUCAUGGAUGAUGGCAUGCAGACCCUAAAUAAGAAUGUUGUCACUUACUAUCCUGCUCUUAUUGUGAGAGAAAUCACAUCAACUUUGAAUCCCCAAAAAACCUCAGUGUUUAGGAGAAUGAAGGAUAUCAUAUCUGAAGGAUUCUAUUUAUGUGGUCGGAAGUACUCUUUUUUGGCCUUCUCAGCUAAUCAAUUGAGGGAUCGGUCUGCCUGGUUUUUUGCUGGAGACCAGAAUACUCCCGUGCUGGAAAUCAUGAAGUCGAUGGGCCAUUUCACCAACAGGAAUGUUGCAAAGUGUGCUGCUAGAAUGGGUCUGUGCUUCUCAUCCACUUAUGCAACUGUUGAAGUUCCUCAUAAUAACGUCGAUUUUGAGCUUGCAGAUAUCAAGAGGAACGGAUAUGAUUUUUCCGAUGGAAUCGGCAAGAUAUCACAUGAUCUUGCAAAGGAAGUUGCAGAGAGAUUGCAGUUGAACGUAAACCCUCCAUGUGCCUAUCAGAUUCGGUAUGGUGGCUGCAAAGGUGUUGUUGCCUGUUGGCCAGCCAGUAAAAGUGGGAUCCGUCUUUCUUUGAGGCAAAGCAUGAAUAAGUUUGAGUCCAACCACACAAUUCUUGAAAUUUGCUCUUGGACUCGUUUCCAGCCUGGGUUCUUGAAUAGGCAGAUUAUAACCUUACUUUCAGCUUUGAACGUCAGUGAUAAUGUAUUUUGGAAUAUGCAGGAGUCAAUGAUUUCGAAGCUGAAUCAGAUGCUUGUAAGUGUAGACGUAGCUUAUGAUGUUGUUACUUCCUCGUGUGGUGAAGAAGGGAAUACGGCUGCUAUAAUGUUAGGUGCUGGUUUUAAGCCUCAUAGUGAACCACAUUUAAGAGGCAUGCUAACAAGUAUAAGAGCUGCACAGUUUAGGGACCUCAGAGAAAAGGCUAGGAUCUAUGUUUCUUCUGGAAGGUGGUUAAUGGGAUGUUUGGAUGAAGAAGCAAUACUUGAACAAGGGCAGUGCUUUGUCCAAGUGUCAAAUCCUUCACUUGAAAACUGUUUUGCGAAGCAUGGUUCAGAGUUUUCGGAGACAAAAAAAGAUUUACAUGUAAUUAAGGGCUUUGUGGUGGUGGCAAAGAAUCCAUGUCUACAUCCUGGAGAUGUGCGCAUUCUAGAGGCAGUAGAUGUCCCCAGCUUACGUCACCUUUCUGAUUGCGUGGUAUUCCCACAGAAGGGAGAUCGUCCGCAUACAAAUGAAGCAUCAGGAAGUGACCUUGAUGGUGAUCUCUACUUUGUGACAUGGGAUAAGAAUCUUAUCCCGCCUGGUGAAAAGAGCUGGCCAGCAAUGGAUUACUCCCCUGUAGAAGUCAAAGAGAUGCAGCGCAAUAUUAAGCUCCAGGACGUAGCAGAUUUCUUUGCUAAAAACAUGGUCAAUGAAAGCCUGGGUACCAUCUGCAAUGCCCAUGUCGUUCAUGCUGAUAGCAGCGAUUAUGGAGCGAUGGAUGAAAAUUGCAUUCUUUUGGCCGAGCUUGCUGCCAAAGCUGUUGAUUUCCCAAAAACGGGAAAAAUUAUAAACAUGCCUACUCAUCUAAAACCAAAAUUGUACCCCGACUUCAUGGAAAAAGAGGAUUUUCAGUCAUAUAAAUCUACUAAAAUAUUGGGCAGGCUUUAUCGCAAGAUCAAAGAUGAUUAUGAAAUCGAUUCGACAGAUUCUAUGGAGCUCAAUUUUCUCCCCAGAGAAAUUCCUUAUGACAUGGAUCUGGAGACACCAGGAUCGGCAUCUUUCAUCGAUGAAGCAUGGGGAAUUAAGUGCUCUUACGAUGAGCAGUUGAACAAUCUUCUAGGACAGUAUAAAGUGAACAAGGAAGAAGAGGUUGUAACCGGACACAUUUGGUCCAUGCAGAAACAUAGUAGCAAGAAGCAAGGUGAACUAAAGGAGAGACUGAAAAAUGCUUACAACGCUUUGAAAAAGGAGUUCAGGAGAGUUUUCGAGCACAUGGAUACUGAUUUUGAAAACCAUUCCAAUGAUGAAAAGAAUGCAGCGUAUGAACGCAAGGCGUCGGCAUGGUACCAGGUAACUUACCAUCCCAAAUGGGUCAAGAUGGCGCUGGACCUGCAAGAUCCUGAUGCUAAUGACAAAGAGACUGUAAUGUUAAGUUUCCCUUGGAUAGCAUCUGACUACCUCGCAAGGAUCAAAAUAAAAUGUGGAGGAAUGACAGAUGCCAUUACUCAACCCCACAAGCCCAUCCAUUCUGUAGCAAGGUACCUUUCAGGUAAGAUAUAAGUAGAAGUCCGGACUUUCUGAUUCGAUUUCUAAAGCUCUUGGGACUUUUGCGCCACAUAUAAUAACUAACUGGGUGAUCCAAAACUAUUAUGGUUUCAAUUAUUCUAAAUUCUGCUGAACUGCUUUGUACUUGUCGUGCAACCUACAUCUGUAUAACUAAAUAUGAAUUUGUACUUUAAUUGCAUCAGGUUUGUUGGUUUUC